AUGCCAGAAAUGAUUCCAGUUAUUCUUGAAACUGAUCGUUGUUAUAUUAGAAACGACGAGAAUGAUAAAGAAGAAGAUGAUGAGAACAAAAACAGUGAACAAGAAGAACUGGUUAAACCAUCCAUAAUUUCCAUUCCAUUGAUUUAUACUAAACAAACAGAUCCCACAGCAACAACAACAACAACAACAACAACAACGUCAUUUGGACAAGUUGUUAUUGAUGAAUUUCGAUCCAUCAACACAACAUUAAAUUCAAUGAAGAAAAGACUUGAUAAUAUAGAAAAUAAAACUGAUAUUGUUUAUGAAAUGGCGUCGGAGCGAAGAGUUAUGCAUGCUCUUCAUUCUCUAGGCAUGACCGGUAUUGAAGGAUUAUCUUGUGAAUUUUACCAUUAUCAUGAAUAUAGACUACCAUUAAACUCUCUUGCUAAUCAAUUACAGCAAUAUUAUCAUAAUCGAUGGAAAUAUUAUGAUCGAUAUGUCGACAUUUCUUUAUGUCCACAAACUAUCGAGAUUAAUCUAAUGGUUAUACCUUAUUUAAUUCAACAAAAUCAAUCACAUUCACCUAUACCAUUAGCUGAUAUUUGUGUAUCAUCACCAACAGGUAGUGGAAAAACUUUAACAUAUGUUAUACCAUUAUUACAAUGUAUUCGUAUUAUUAUUCUUUUACCAGUGCAAGAUUUAGCUGAACAAGUUUAUCAUGUUGUUAAUCAAAUAGGACAUAAAUUACAAUUAAAAACAGCUUUACUUGCUGGACAACAAUCAUUUGAAGAUGAACAAAAAAUUUUAGUUAAACAACAAUUGAAUGGCAGUUGGACAUCAUCUAUUGAUAUCAUUGUUUGUACACCUGGUCGUCUUGUUGAACAUGUUAGUCGAACAUCAGGAUUUUCUUUAAUACAUCUUCGUUAUCUUGUUAUUGAUGAAGCUGAUCGAAUUAUAGAUGAAUUUAAACAAGAUUGGUUAAAUAUUCUUGAUAAUGCUGUUGGUUUACCAAGUCCUUUAAAAAACAAUUUUCAAGCAUAUAUGCUUAGUCAAUCAUCUUCAAAUCGUAAAAUAUAUCAAAAAUUACUUUUUUCAGCAACAUUAACACAUAUUCCUGAAAUUUUACAACAAUUAAAUCUUUUUCAUCUUGUACUUUUUUCAUCAUCAUCAACAUCAAUUAUAAUGCCAUCAACAUUACGUGAAAAUUUUAUUAUUUGUUCAAUAACAUAUAAACCAUUAAUUAUUGCUUAUCUUAUUCAAAAUCAAUUACAUUCCGAACGUAUUAUGAUAUUUGUUCAUUCAAAAAAAGAUGUAGAUCGUUUAAGUUCUUUACGUAAAUUACUUUUACCAGAUAAUAUUAAAGUUAGUCAUAUAUCAAGAAAAUUACCAUCAAAAAAAAUUCAAACACGUUUAAAUAUGUUUGAACUUGGACAAAUACAAAUUCUUGUUUGUUCCGAUGUUCUUGCACGUGGUAUUGAUAUUCCAAAUAUUGAUUGUGUUAUACUUUAUGAUUUACCAAAAAAUAUUCGUACAUAUACCCAUCGUAUUGGUCGUACAGCACGUGCUGGUAAAUUUGGUCGAUCAAUAACAAUGGUUGAAAAAGAACGUUUAAUAAUGUUUCGUAUAACAAUAAAAACUUAUCGACGAAAUAAACUUAAACCUUUAAAUAUACGGAAAGAAAAUUUUUCAUUUAUGUUAAAUGAUUAUCAAAAAGCUUUAGAAAUAUUUUCUAGUAAAGAACAAAACAAAAAAUUAAAACAAAAAAAAUAA